AUGUCCUCAUCAUCGCCAGCCUUCCGCCCCGACCCAUCCAACCCCUCCGACUGCGCCGAGAACCACCGGCGCAUGCUAGCCGGGGAACUCUACUACUGCUGGACUCCCGACUUGGUACAAGGCCGAGCGAGAUGCAAGUCCGCAAUGCUCAAGUAUAACACUGAGGCGGCGAACGGGGAGACGACGAGGAGGAGGGCAGCUGAGUUAUUGAUGGAGUUGCUCCAAGACCCCACCCCCUUGCCCCCGAAAUUGGAUGAUGAGGAAGAAGACGCCGCCCAAUUCUCCGACUUCCCCUACAUCGACACCCCCAUCAAGAUGGACUACGGCAGCAACGUGCGUCUCGGAAAGGGCGUCUACCUCAACUCGAACUGCACGCUGUUAGACGUGUGCCCCAUCACCAUCGGCGCGCGCACAUUGAUCGGUCCCAACGUGAACUUUUACUCGGCCACGCACCCUAUUGAUCCGAUUACGAGAAACGGGAUGCGGGGCCCGGAGCUGGGAAAACCGAUUACCGUGGGGGAGGAUUGCUGGUUUGGAGGCAGCGUGGUGGUUCUUCCGGGCGUGACGAUUGGAAGGGGGGUGGUGGUUGGUGCGGGAAGUGUGGUUACCAAGGAUGUGGAGGAUUUUGUGGUUGUUGCGGGCAAUCCGGCGAGGGUGGUGAAGAGGUUGGAUGUGGAGAGGGAGAAGUAUGAGGCGAUGGUUGAGGAGAAUAAGGCGAGGGGGCAUUGA